CUGAUAAUUCCCAACCACAGGCUUUGCUGACGUCACUAACGAAGCAAUAAAUAUCUCUUGUUAUAAUUGGAUGUGAGACUUGGGGUUGUGAUUGCAGGACGUUGCCCACCGCUGCUAUGGAGAGGCCCCCAUGAUUGAUUCAGCAGUGGAUCGGGGCACGCAAGCGAGCUGUCAAGGAAGCGUCAGCUUAUUAGGCGAGGGCUGCGUGAUUCCAGAACAGGGUCUAACCUAUAAAAAUCACAGCCAGUCUCUGAUUAGGACACCAACGGAUCACCAGGACAGGCAGGAGACGUUAGGUACACAUCCCAAGAAGGAAAGAGAGAGAAAAAGUGGGCACCGACCACUGACUGACUCUACUUCUCACAGACUGCUCCGUCGGUAUCUCUUAAGAUCCGGCCGUCCUGAAUCAUGAAGAUCCAGCUGCUUGUCUCUACUGGGAUCUUAUUGGUUGUUCUCCAGCCCUGCCAUGAGUGCAGAACCCUCAGCAAGGGAGCCCCGGCCGCUCCCGCCGCCAGUAGCGCUCUGCAGCAGCUAGAUUUCCAAGAACAACCCCAAUCGCUCCCCAUAUUGCUCCGCAUGGGAGAAGAGUAUUUCCUGCGCUUGGGCAGCCUUCGUAAGAACCCCGCUGCUCCCGCCGCCGCCGCCGGAUCCUUCUCCUCCACUACCAGCACGAGCACCAGCAGCAGCCACCUGGCUACGUCGGCAUCCGCGGGCAACUUUUUCCGAGCCGUCGUCCAACAGCUGCAGCAGCUGCAGCACUUCCAAGAACGCUCGUUAGAGGGCGCCCCCGACUCCUGGGACGGCGAAGACGACGGCACUCACCUACAGGCCACUGAGAAGGAGAAACGAUCCGAGGAGCCGCCGAUCUCCUUGGAUCUGACUUUCCAUCUCCUCCGAGAAGUCUUGGAGAUGGCCAGAGCGGAGCAGCUGGCGCAGCAGGCUCAUAGUAACAGGAAACUGAUGGAAAUCAUCGGGAAAUGAAGCGCUCUCCUUUGCCUGGCCCCGACCAAAGAGCUCCUCCAGUUAGCACAGC